AUGUGGAAAUUUUCGUGAUCUUUAUUUCCAGAAGAUUGUCCUUUCCUCUAACGACCGAUUUGGUACUGCUGUUGUUGUUUAUGGCCAUUCAAAACAGCUAGCUUUGGCAAAGCCAUGCGACCAUGCUUGGGUUCUCGGCCCACAACGGCCUCCUUACCAUAUCGACCAAUUUGAAGAGUUUGAAGAUGUUUACUUUCAUGAAGAAGAGCAAAGGUUCUACGCGAUCACACAUUUCUCGGCAGUAAUUGCAUUUGAUCUCGAUGGAAAUAAUGUUAAAAUAGUUUGCCAAGCAAUAGAAGACCCCCAUGACACAAACUCUUCUUGUAGGAACUACAUUGCAUUUUUGUCGGGAACUCUUCUAAAAAUUACUAGGGAGAUCGAUUGUACUUGUUUGGAGGCCAAUGAAAAGUUUACAUAUAAGACAACCAAUAUCUCGAUUUUUAAGUUUGUGCCGGCUGUUGAUGCUUCGUCUUGUUCUUCCUCAAAAUGGAUCUCUAUCAGGGACUUGGGGGGUUUCUCUUUGUUUAUAGGUUAUAACCAAACCUUUUCAUUGCAUCACACAGUAGCUCCUGGAAUUAAACCAAAUUGCAUAUACUUUACAGACCAUGCGGAGAACACGACGCAAGAUGACAUUACUCAUGAUGUUGGACUUUUUGAUCUCCAUAAUGAUUGCUUCCAGUUUUUCCUUGACUCCGAUUCGCAGCGUAAUUGGCCCCCUUCAAUCUGGUUUACACCAUCACUUCAAUAA